CUGAUAAGUUGAAACGUCAAUUCAUCAGCUGUUUACAUUCACAUUUACAGUUAGUCUCCAAUACCUACCUGUAGACGAUAUGUUGCUGCAGUCCGUGGUAUAAAUAACAGGUACAACAUAUUAUGACCAAGAAGGGACAUGAACGAUGACCCGAAAUGUUAGGCCAUCAAGAUGAAAUCACUGCAAGUUAUCGAAAAUGUUGCUCCGAUCUAAAGGAGAAACUGAAAAUAAGACUGACAGAGAUAUAUGAUAAUUGCAAGGAUCGUUGUCAAGAUGAUAUUGCAACAAACCAUGAAAAAUACAUCGACGAUAAUCUCGACCCCUUGGUAUACUUCGAAAGGAAUUUACUUCAAUAUAUUAGAAUCAAAAAACAUUACCAAAAUGAAAACAAAACGUUACAGAUGAAAAUCAAAGAACUUCAACUAGAUCUACGAUCCAAGGAUGUCUGUAUUUUCAAGCUGAAGGAAGAUAUCGUUUCUCAUUUCAUGCAAAUAGAGUUUUUGAGGAGACAUAAUGAAAAAUUAGAAAACGAUUUACUGAAUAGUAGGAAAAAAAUAAAUCAAUUCGAGAAAUCCAAAGAUUGGUUGAGAGAACGGAUAUUUUCCAUCCAUUCUAAUACAAACUACGAACUCGAAUUGAUUUAUCCAGAGAAACUAAACAAAACUGAUAACAAUUGUGAUAAAGAAAAGGAAAAACGACAUUCUUAUUUCAGUGAAGUGAAGGCAGUUGAAGAAUGUGAAACUAUCGAUGAAUUCAGGAAAUUUUACGGAAAACUGAUGGAAGUAUACCAUGAAAAUAUCUUUCUAAAACGGACGUUACAAAAAAUGAAAAGUUUAAGCGAUAGAGAGCAAAGAUUAAACAAUAUAUUGAAAUCAAAUCAUGGAAUUCCUACGGUACCAAAACUUGAAGAUAUUCAAAAUGAUUCACAUAAACUAAACACCGAUUCUGUGGACAAGAAGAAAAACGAAAAUAAGCAGAUUCUAGAACUAAACAGUAUUAUCGAUUGUAUGAAACUUACAGUAUUACAACUAGAGUUCGAGAAAAGGAAUAUGGAACUUUCUGUGUUCAAAAUAAGAGAAUAUUUCAUGGAGAUGAAAAACAUACAAACGAAACUGAAAUUGAUGUUAAGUGAUAAAAAUUACCCAUUCAAUCUUUCGGUAUUGAAAUCAGGCGUAUCUUCAAGCGAUGCUAGUAAAAAUUCUUCCUUUGAUACUGAAAAUAUCAUUGAAGAAUUGGUAAAUUCCAUUAGAAAUUUGAAAUUGGAAAAACUUCAGAUGGAAAUCGAGCAUCAUGAAGAAUUAAGUACUUUCACCGAAAAAUUUAGUCGAAUGCAAUAUUUUUUACAAAGCAUUAAAGAUGUAUGUAACAAUACAUCAAACGAUGAAGAACUCACCCUUAAAAGUGGAUCCACAAAAAUCACUUCAAAGAACACUAUUUUCGUAAAUGAUAAAGUAGAAUCUAGCAGUAUUUCAGAUAUUGAAUUAUCAAGUUCAGGAAAUAAUAUUGAAAUAUCGACGAAGGUAUCACCUAAUAAAAUUGCUGCUACAAAUGAAGACAUCAUAGUAAAGAAGACCUCCAAUGCAAUUCCUCAGUAUAUAAUUCGACGAAUGAAAUUAUUUGAAGAACAAUAUGAGAGGAUAAUUUCAACUUGUUCAAAAAAUCUGGUUCAUUUGAAGGAACUGAACGAUACAUCUUCAAUUUCUCAUUUAAGGAAAAUGAAGGUAUUGGCUUUAGUCAAAGAAAAACAAUUGACAGAACAAAGAAACAGGUUCGAAAAAUAUAAAAGAAGUUUACUCAGUACCCUCAAGCACUAUAAACAAUGUAAUAUAGCGAAAACGAGGCAGUAUGAUGAACUUCAAGAACAGUUUAUUCCUAUUUUCUUUCAACUGAAAUUUUUGAAGAAUUAUUUUACUGCGAUUGAGAAACAUAUGCCGAAUUCAUCUUCGAUAGAUCAUAAACAACAAUCAAAAAUUAUCGAAGUUAUGGAGAAAAUUGGAUAUUUGACCGAAAACAUUGAAAAGAAUAUAGGACCAAAAGUUAUUAAACUAGGAAUGUCUGCAACACUGAAUCCUGAUUUACAAAUUGCCUCACUUCCAAAGAUACAAAUGGAAAUAAAAGCUAAAAAAAAACCCCUGAAUGAUUCUUAUUAUAUUAGGCAGGAAAAACUGUCUCUAAUCAACUCAAACCCUGAAAAUCCUAUUAGAGACGAGGAUAUUUCGAACAAGAAUGACGAAACGCAUUCUAAAGAAAUCGAUAUCCAGAAGACACAUAUUGAAAAAUUGAAGAGAGAAAAUUCACAACUACAAUCCGCACUUCGACAAAGGGAUCACCUUUUAGGAACGAUAGUCAAAUCCUUCAAAAGAAAACUUGAUGGGGUUGCUAUGGAAAUAAAUGAUAAAUACUUUUUACAGAGGCUAUGUAACGAUCUUAGAUCUGUCAUCAAAAUAUAUGGUGGUCAGAAUAGAAUUAUGAAAGAAGCGCUAGAAAAUAAUAAUAUUCGUACAAAAUCUAUUUAUAUCCAGAAUACAUUGAGGAGAAACUCAAAAAUCGACACGGAAGAACAUAUUCGACAACUUAUGAAGCAACAGACAGAAUUCUGCAGAAUGAAAGAAACAUUCACUGAUAUUCAGUCACACCUUGAAUCUAUGAAGAAAGAUGUAUCAUUGUUACAGAAUGUUAUAAAUAAAAGGUGAUUUUUAUAACUGUA